AUGAAGACCGUGUCCCUGUUCAGCGGCAUCGGCGGCCUCGACCUCGGCCUGGAGGAGGCCGGGCACGAGGUCAUACUUCAGGUCGAGAACGACCCGCACUGCGUCCAGGUGCUGCAGCGGCAGUUCCCGGGGAAAGCGCUGGCGCGCGACGUCGCGGAGGUCAGGGACUUGCCGGAAGAGACCGAGCUCCUCGCCGCGGGGUUCCCGUGUCCGGACGUCUCCACGAGCAACCUUUCCCGCCCGGGGUUACGCCACGGCACGCAGACGAGCCUCGUGUCGCACGUCUUCCGCCUCCUCGAGAGAAGAAGAGUCCCGUGGGUGCUGCUCGAAAACGUCCCCGGACUUCUUAUGUGGCACCACAAAGACGACCCGCCACAGCCUCCCGCAAUCGCGUACGUCGCAGACGAGCUCGAACGCUUGGGGUACCGAUGGGCGCAACGGGUCAUCUGCCUCACCGGGAUGGGGCUGCCGCAGAUGAGGCGAAGGGUUUUCGUCAUCGCGUCGACGCACGGAGACCCGCGAGACGUUUUGUUGUCAGCGCAGGCAGUGUGCUUUGGGCAGUGCAUCGAGCUGAACUGCCGGGCGGGUAAUAAACGUCAACAGAAGGACGUUAUUACGGGUAAUACGACGACGCCGACGAACGCAGAAAACGGCGGCGGCGGCGACGACGACGAAGAGAAGGACGAAGGCGAUGAUGCAAAAGAGGAGGAGGUGAUGUGCGUUGAGUGCGCGCUCGACGCCACCGGCGGUGGCGGCAGCGGCGGAAAAUGCUCGCAUCCGCCGCGGGAAUGCUACAAGUGCUUCAUGACUCCCCCGUUCUGCGUCCCUAAAAGGCAGAUGGCAUGCGUGGACCUCGCGGAGAAGCGCAGCGGCCCGAUUCUCAACGAGAACUGCACGCUGACGACGGCGAAUGGUCGGCGAAUCGUCAUCGUGGAAGACCUGUGCGACGGAAAAGGCCUCGCGAGCGCGUUGACCGUGGGCGACGCGGAACGCCUCAUGGGUUUACCCGCCGGGUGGACCAAGCCGUGCUUGCCUUUGCACGUCUCAGGGCGGGCGGUUCGUAACGGAAGGCAAAGGGGCAUUAACGAAGACGCGCGGGCGUUGGGCGCGUUAGACGACGUGCACGGCGGUUCGCUCGCGGACGGCGAAUCCGCGCACAACGCGAAGCGAAUGGCGCUCCUCGGCAUCGCCGUCGCGGUGCCUCAGGCUCUGUGGAUCGGCGAGCGCCUCAUGCGUCCGUACGAUCUCAAGUUCUCCCGGGCUGGGGACGGCGUGCGGUUCAGAACGCCUAUCCCGAAAGCGAUAAGCGUCGGCGACGUCGCUCCGAAGAGCGCCGCGAGCGUGCACGACGCGGAAGAGAUAGUUGUCGCGGACAGCGGGUGGCCGAGCGUCGCGUGGAACAUCUUCGAGGGCGUCAACGUACGAAGUAAAGCUCAAUCGUUUGGCGUUACUGAUACGAGCCAUACCACCGAGCUGUGGCGCGGCCGCCGGUCGUUGGCCGAUUGCAACGACACGCCGAUCAUCCGCGGGUUCAUCCCUCUCGGGGAGUUUCUACGCGACACGCCGAAGCCGAAGACCGCCGCGCAAGGGAGAGGUUCGGAAGCGCAAGUAACACCCGAGCUGACGAGGCUCUUCGAGCGCACCAGGCCGUACCUCGUUCGGCUCGCGUACGAUCACGUGUACAUCGAGCCGUUCGUGUUUCACGGGCUGGGCGGUAAGGCGCCGCCGAAUGAAGGUUGUCAGCGCGCGGCGCCGAAGGUUGGCGAGUACACGUUGGCGCACCCCGCGCCCGCGAACGCAGCGGAGAUUGGGACGCAGGCGCUAAAAAACGCGGGCGGGCGAGGCGGCGGCAGCGACAUCGACGACGACGACGCCGAGAAAGCGGGCGUCGUCGUGUGGGCCCCCGCGCGCGUCGGCCGCGCGGGGAUGUCCGGGUCCGAACACGAUAGCUAUUGGCCGGCAUUAUCGCUGCACUUGGACGACGACCACAGCUUGAUUCCCCCUCCGGCGUUAGAAGCGCACCGACUGUGCCAAACCGGAAACCGUCUGUGCGUGUACUUCGUGGAGAACACGUUCGAGUGGAAAGACCCGGACGAUUUACUCGAUUUUGACACGUUUUACAGCGACGUCAUGGACGCGAAGCCAAUCGAUUUGCGCGGUCGCGUGCGCUUCGCCAAAGCCCUGGAAGAUGCGAGUGCGUGGCGCGCCGCGCAGCGACGCGCCGCGGAGACGCCCGCGGCGCGUGCCACUGCCACCGCUCGUCUCCAAGAAGAAGACGUCCUCAGGCACGUCGUCGGCGCGAGUGUCGCUGGCGUGCUCAACGCGCCGAGCGCGUGCGGCACGUGCCUCGUGUGCAAAUCGAAAAAACGCACGAGCGAAGCAAUUCCCUUUUCGCCGCGGCACAAGCCGCGAGCGUGCGUUAAACCGACGACGCUCGCGCCGCUGCGCGUCGUGAAAAAGAACGACGAGUGUGGGCAGCUCACGAUUAUUCCCCUUGCGCGUGCCGGGCACGUCGGCGCGAACCUGUCGCUGUUGCGCGAGCGAGCGGUCGGGAAGAAGAUCAGUGUGCACUGGGCGAACGAACGCCUGAUGUUCAAAGGCGCGAUCGCCGGGUUCGAUCCAGAGUCGUACUCGCACCGGAUCGAGUACGACGACGGCGACGUCGAGCCGGGGCUGAAGCUGUGGCGCGAGACCGUGCACAUGCGCACGGACGCUGACGUCGUCGAGGAGAAGGAGGAGAAGGAGAAGCGCGAGGCGGCAGAGAAAGAGAAAGAAAAGGGCGGUCUCGCCGCACCCGUCGCCGGCCUCGCCGCACCCGUUGUCUCGAGGAGUGAGAAGCGCAAGGCCGCGGACGACGACGACGGAGACGCCGCCGUCGCCGCCGCCGAAGACGGUGAGGAGGUGCUCAUCAGUGGCGGUCGCGGCGGACGAGGGCGUGGACGAGGGCGCGGACGAGGGCGCGGCCGCGGAAGAGGCGGCAGCGGCGGAGGCGGCGGCGGCGGCCGUGGCGUUUUCCAAGAGACGACGCCGACCGAGCGAUCCCAACGCCACGCCAACGCAGAGAAUGUCACCCUGUCGGUCAUGCCCUGUGUCGUCUGCGACAACGCGGAGGGGGCGCUAGGCGCGUUUUUGCUCUGCAAGGGCUGCUUUGAGCGCGGUAAGGACGUCGGCGGGCACUGGAAGUGCUUAGGGUUCGCUACGAACCCGGAAGGUGAGUACUUCUGCGACGACUGCCUCCGUGCGGAAGUCGGAAAGUAG